AUGGCACACACCUCACCAAUGGCGCUCGACCGCCGAGUAUCGCCAUCACCGCCGCCGCAACCCUUGUCCAAAAGAGACAAAAGACGCAACAACAUCACCGACAAGCUCUCGGACAUGAUCCAGACCUUCACCCAAGACCAGCACCAGCAUUACCGUGCCCAGCUGCAGGCGAUCCAGGUCGACAUGACCAUGAUCCUGAGAGCAAAGCCUUACGAGAACAGUCCACUCGACGAUUCAGCCGAAGAUGUUGAGCGAGAGAUUGAAAAUGUCACGGGCGGCAGCUUGCCAAACACGGACGCUGCUGUCAAGGACUACCUUGCUUUGGCUGGCAAGAGAUACCAUGAAUACGUCCAACAGAUCAACCAUGCUCUAGAGCAGCGCGACGCUGAUCUGACAGCUUUACAAGUACGAGACUCUACUUUGCGACCGCGACGCUCCCAAAGACUGACACAAGNNCAGAACCGUUACGAAGCCGCCGUCGCCGAACUAGAAAAGAGCUCGAGUUACAAGGUCCAGGUUGCCCAACGCGAGCAUCUCGAGCUGGCGACUACCGUUCGCAGCCGUCUGAUCAACAGCGUCACGAAGAAGCGCGACAAGCUGUUGCGCGAAAAAGAGCAGCUCGAUAUUGCAGACAAUUCUGCCUUGUUCUUCCACCCCAGCCAGUUCACCGUCAACAUCCCUCAGAGUCCCGGCGGCCUUCAAAGCAACCGCAAAACUCGUCACACCCGUCAUCGUGUUGGAGAGGCCGACGUAGAGGGCCAGAGAAAACGCAAGGCGCCGGCCGAUGAGGAAGCCGCCGACUCGCCAGCACCGUCCUUCCGUCCCCUGCAGAACGACAGCAAUGGCGGCGCCUCGCNNCCCUUCCAUGAAGCUCGCACAAAGACUCUCUACACACAAUACGAGGCACCCGCCUUCUCAAUCGACCGUCUGUUCACUGAGAAAGAGCUGAACCAUGCCACUGUUGUUGCUCAACUCGCGACCCACCACUUCUUCCACCAACCUCAAAACAACCAGCAGAACACCGACAACCCUUCUUCGCUCGCCUCUGUCGACGGUGCUGCAGAUGCUGUAGUUGGUCCCCCUGCCAUCACCACUGAGAUGGACGACAUUGUCGCAAACCAUCCCAAUGCCUCACCACCGCCCACACAAGCCCCUGAGAUGGAGCGCAAUAUCUCCCAUCAUGCUACUCGUGGCGCCACUAGGGCCAACCCACUGGCUGCCCUCUCAGAAGCCGCCGCUCUCACCUCGACUACCACAAAUCCCUUCGUGCCAGUCUUGAUCCCCAUCACAAAGACAGACAAGGGCGCGCCUACCCCACCAGGUGUAAGCUCUGGCGAAGUUGACAGCGAUAUCGCGCUCAUGCUUAGAGAGGAUGAUGCGCCAGCCUCGAACCACGAACAAGAUGAGAACCUCAGCAACAUUCAGCAAAUACGUGAGCGUCUGCUCGAACAAGCUUGCCAAACCACUAAUGGCGUCGCGCCUUUCCGUCUGCCAAUUCUUGAGACCGGGCCUGCCGCCAUCAGUGGCGGUGUGAAUAGAAUUCCUCCCUACGGCUUUGCAGACCCUGAUUCUCUACGCUUCGCUCUUAGAAAUGGCGCUGGUGUGGGUACCGCGACUGCUGCAGCUGCUGCACCAUCAGCACCUGCAGUCAAUGGCAACGCUCUUACUGCCGCUCCAGCCAGUGUCAUUGGUGCUGCUAUACCCAUGAGCAGAACGACAAGUUACGCUGGCAGCGAAGCGGGUGCUGCCAGCGAAAUAGGCGGUGUGGGCAUGCGAAGAGUCAGGAGCAGAUUUGGCUGA